UAUUUAUUCAUCUCUUUUAUUUUAUUUUUUCCUAUAUUCAGAUGGAGGCGUCAACAAAUAACUCAACGGCGCCGUUUCUGGUGAAAACGUAUGAGAUGGUGGACGACCCUUUGACGAACUCCGUCGUCUCAUGGAAUUACACUGGCAAUAGUUUUGUUGUUUGGAAUCCACCAGAAUUUGCAGCAGAUUUGCUCCCAAAGUAUUUCAAGCACAAUAAUUUCUCUAGCUUCAUCAGACAACUCAAUACAUAUGGUUUUAGAAAGGUUGAUCCUGAUCAAUGGGAGUUUGCAAAUGAGGAGUUUAUUCAAGGACAAAGACACCUACUAAAGAAUAUACACCGACGAAAACCAAUCCACAGCCACUCCGGUCAAGUAAACGCAUUACCGUUACUAACCGACUCGGAAAGACGGGGUUUCGAAAAGGAGAUUGAAAAACUUAGACAAGAAAAGCUCUCCCUUCAAUCAAAGGUGGAUAAGCAUAAACACGAGAAUCAAGGAUACGAAUAUCGACUCAAAUCGUUAGGACACACAUUGCAAAACAUUGAUCAAAGGCAGAGACGGUUACUUGCCACGUUGGAUCACGUGUUUCAAAAUACUCAAAACAAGAAGAGAAGGCCGACGUUUUCUUUCGAAGAAAAUCGAAGCCCUUCUCCGUCUCUUCCGUUAUUGAACUUGGACGCCGUUGAGAAAUUGGGGUCUUCCCUAACUUUUUGGGAGGAAUUUAUUUACGGGGUCGAUAAAAUUCCGUCGUCGCAAGGUUUGCGCGAUGCGUCUUACACUACUUAUGUCGAAAGCCCGGCCGUAUCUUCCAUUUGCGUUGAUCGGGACUCGAGCAAUGGACGGUCGAGACUUGAUGUGGAUAUGAGCGCGAUUACUAAAACUCGGGAUGUUGAAUUAGAUAAAGAUCAAGAUCGGGAUGGAGGCGUGGCUUGUAAUGUGGCGGCGGCUGGGGGUAAUGAUGUCUUCUGGCAACAGUUUCUUACGGAGGCUGAAGUGGAAUCGGAGAGACGAGAUCAAGGAGACGAUCGUAUGAAGGAUGGUGGUGGAUUUGCAGAUGAACACAAACCUUGGUGGAAUGUAGAGAAGCUUCAUCAAUAGAUGAGUCAACUCAGUCGAGUUAAAAGGACCUCAUUAGUGUAGCUGGUUUUCGAGUCCUAGUUUCAAGGGCUUUUAUGUACAAAGAUUGUUUCAUCACGUUAUUUUGCAUAUGUUGUUGCAUAGAUAGAUGCACACACUUUUUUAUUUUCAUUUUGGUUGAUUUA